CGAAUUCAAAGUUACAAAAAAGUGCUUUCCUCCUCUACAGGCGACUAUAACUGAGAUGGACCAACAUCUCCCAAUAAUGGUCAACCCUGAGGGCCCGGAGUUGGAAGACAUGCACCCAAGGCCACAGCAGUGCAAGUCAGGACCCCAGGUCAUCUCAUGCCUUGGUGACACGCUGGAGGACACCCAAGGCAAGGACAGCUGUGUGCCUUCUCCUAUCCAGGAGCUGGACAGAGAGUCUACCAGUGAGAUGGCUGCAGAUGUAGCCAGGGACCCACCAGCUCAGGGGCUGAGCAAGGAGACCAGUGAACAUGCUGCAGAUGUGGCCAGAGACCCACCAGCUGAGACACAGAGCAUGGAGACCAGUGAGAAUGGUGAUGAUCAGUCACUCUCCAGCAGUGGCACUACACAGCCUUCUCUAAUCUCAGAGGCCUCCGCGCUGAUCUCCUGUGACAGCAUCAUGCGGCCUGACAGCUGUGGGUCUGCAGUCAUGGGCAGCACUGACACUGCAGGCGAGGGCAUGGGGGCUCCCACUACCCACGGCUCUGACCUUCCCCUCCAGCAUGUGGGGAUGGACUCCAGUGUGGAGAUGGACUCCACCGUCUUUCCCCUCCAGCAGACCUCCAUGGCAGCUGCUUUGGGCUCCUCUGCCCACUCUGAGGCAGGCCCAUGCCCAAAAGUCCUGCAAGCCCUGGAGCAUCAUGGGAUCAGCCUGGAUGAGCAGCUCCACCAACACCUGGAGUUUCUGGGCUUGACCUCCAGGCUCCAAGCACAGCAGACCACCUUACAUCAGGAGGAGCUACCCUCCACACAGCAGCAGGGCUGGCUGCAACGCCUGCGUGACUGGAUAAGGCGCUCCAGGAAAUGGGUGAGGAGCCUGAGGAAAUGCUGCUGGAGGAGGAGGAGGAACACCAGAGAGCAGGAGCCUUGCCCAGUCACCCUGGAGAAGAAGGUCUGUGGCUCAGAAGGCUGCAUGGGAGAUGGCGUGUGGCACACGCGAGCCUGUAACCGCUGGAGGCUGCAGCAGUUCCAUCAGGUGCUGCAGGACAUGGACUCCCAGGUCCAGGAGAGAAGGGCCUGGGUGCGGCGGGAGAUGGAUGCCAUCACCAGAGAGGCACCAGUCAACUGAACAUGUGGGGCCGUUUCCUGGAUUUGGACCCAUCUUUCCCUUCUGGAAGUAACGAGGGAGACAAAGGCCUAUUUUGUUUUAUUACUAGCAAUAAAAUGGCAAAAUGUUUUAAGCUCUUACAUAAUGUGUGCUGCUCA